AUGGUUGACUACUACAGCAACUUUAUCGAGGUAGCUCGCAUAACUUCGACCAUCUCAAGAAGCAUCAUCAAGGAGCUGAAAGCAAUGUUUGCCAGAUACAGAGUGCCUGACGUCCUAGUGAUGGACAAUGGGCCCCAAUUCAUGUCCGCUGAAUUUGCGGUGUUUGCAAAAGCUUUGGGAUUUGAUCACAUUACAUUGUCCCUGCACCACCCCCAGUUGAACGGGAAGGCCAAGAAUGCAGUGAAGACUGUGAAACAGCUGUUUGAGAAAUGCAAGGAGUCUGGCCAAUCGGAAUUUCUGGCUCUACUCGAUUGGCGAAACACACCUACGGAAAGAGUUGGCACCAGCCCUGACCAGCAGGUUAUGAGACAGUGUUGCAAAACACUGGUACCUAUCGCAGGUACCCUUCUGAAACCUCAGAGCAAUCCUGAAGAAGAUGCUCAGGCGAUAAUUGGAAUGAAGAAAAGACAAUAA